AUGUCUACAACCGUUGAUCUUGAGCAGAAGAAGACCGACGCCGUCUAUGUGGAGGAUGUAUCCAGCGACAACACUGCGCAGACAUAUGACCAAGCGGAAGUCGAGCCUAAACUCAACCUACAGACUGUCCUUGCGUUCUUGGCCCUGACAUCCCAAUUCAACGCCUACAUCCUGACGCUUCUGAUCCCUUCGACGAUUCUCAGCUACAUCAAUGCUGACCUUGGUCCGGAUCCCUCAUACACAUGGAUCACGGUUUCGUGGCAGCUAUGUGCAUCCAUCAUCAUCUCCGUAAGCGGCCGGUUGAGUGACAUCUUCGGCCGCCGCUACUUCAUCCUCUUUGGCUCCGGACUCAGCUUCAUCGGUACCAUUGUCGGCGCUACGGGUCAGAGCAUCAAUCAGAUGAUCGUGUCCGGUGUCAUCUUUGGGACAGGGUCCGGCUUUCAAGAAAUGGCCUACGCCUGUAUUCAAGAGAUCGUCCCGAACAAGUGGAGAAUCUAUGCGAUUGGUCUCUUCGAUCUCUCCGCCAGCGUCUCGUUUAUGGGACCACUCGUAGCCUAUGCGUUCAUUGACAAGACUACCAUCGGCUGGCGUGGCGCGUACUGGUAUAUGGCUGCCUUUCACGGCUUCUUCUUCAUCGUGCUCGCAUGCACCUACUUCCCUCCAACCUUCCACACCAAGCACAAGGAUGACGGGAAGACGAAGCUACAGCUUCUGAAGGAGCUUGACUAUGUCGGCCUGCUUCUGUUCAGUUCCGGAUGCCUGCUCUUCCUGCUUGGCGUCAACUAUGGAGGCCGUCAGUAUCCUUGGAACAACCCGCACGUGAUUGGUCCAAUGGUGGUUGGCGUCUGUUGUCUUGUUGCUCUGGGCUUCUGGGAGGUGUAUGCCGAUCUGAAGUACCCGCUGAUGCCGCCGCGGCUCUUCAAGCGCUGGAGACGCUUCUCCAUGGUGCUUGUUGUGUGCUUUGUGGGCGGUAUGCUGUACUACUCCAUGAACGUGCUUUGGCCACGUCAGUCAGGUCUGCUCUUCACCGGUCCCGAUCCGAUCACGAGAGGCCUCUACGCAGAAGCGAUUCCGCUGGGCACUAUUAUCUCCUCGUUCGUAGUCAUCUUCAUCUGUGCUAGGGUUGGCCACGAGCGCUGGCAAUUGGUGAUCUUCAUGAUAUGUGAGACAGCUCUCAUCGGCUCGCUGGCGUCCGUCGGACUCGAUGACAAAGUUCAGGCAAUCAUAACCAUCGUCUGUCUAAGCUCCACAGUAACGCCACCACAACUUUUGAGCUUCACCAUGCUAAGCCUGGGCAUCGAUGACCAGGUCGAUAUCGGCAUUGCCGUUGGCCUUGCGGGCACUUUCCGGCUCAUGGGCGGCGCAAUCGCAACUGCGAUCUACACUGCGAUCGUCAACAACGGAUUCGCGGAGCAUCUACCUGGCGAAGUUCUGUCAGCAGUGUCCGGACUGGACUUUCCCAGCUCAAACAUGGCCGCCUUGCUCAAGGCUGCCGCAGUCAACACGGCUGCCGCGUACAAGACGGUGCCCGAUAUUUCUACCACCGUAAUCGCGGCGACGCAGCUUGCGGUGAAGAAGGCUUACGUGUCAGCCUUCUCGACAACAUACCUCGCUGCGAUUGCUUUUGGAUGUCUUGCUACGGUUGCGGCUUUCUUUACGAGGGACAUUGACCCGAAAAUGAAGAGUUCGUCCAAAGCGGUGACGCUGGAGAACGAGAAGAAGAAGAGUGAAGAGGAAGUAUCCACAGACCGGGUAUAA